AGGUGGCUCUGAUCAGAAAUGAGACCCCCACAGAGAGAAAGCGCCCCUGUCCACCAUGCCAUGCAGAUGCAUGCUCAGAUUUCAGCUGGUGAUUGUCAGAAAUGCAAACAGAAUCUCUCCUGUGCAUUUCCAUGCUAAUAACAGCUCCGUGGGACUUCAGCAAGAAAUGCCUUUUGGUUCUGGGGGAUGGCAUAGAUCUGACAUAGGACACACAGAGAGGAUGAAGAAACCAAUUCAACCAGCACACUAAGAAGAAACCAGUGAUUGUCACAGAGCGGUGGGGCCAUUACACUCAUUACACUGUGGCUGUUACACUCCCCUGCUUUGUUAAUUGUGCCCUGAGACAACCCCUCCGGUCCUUUCUCUGCUAGAGGAAGAGCAGCGCACAGCCUGGCAGCAGAGAAGUUGAGUGGUGGAGUCUUAAGCAGAUGAGCUCAGCUCUAUGACCAGGUACCAGUGGGAAGUGCUGAGGGCCAUACUGAUUAUGUGCAGGGGAAACUAAGAACAAGCAAUCCUGCCUGGGAGCAGCUGAAUAAACUGUUUUCCCAGCUUCUGCUAGCUAGCACUUAUGAAUUCAUGUGGAGACAUGGAGAGAGAAGGGACAUAAAAAGGCAGGCAAGAAAAGAGGAGAAACAGAAGAAUGAGUGAAAGAAUACGAGAUGCUUAGGAAUGUUCUAUUUCUACAUGCUUCAGCAACUAAGACAUUUCUAGGGCAAAGGAAGUUUCACUGGUGCUUCCCUGACAACCUCAACCGAAAAAGAGACUGAACAAAAUCAAAUUUGCCCCUUGCUCUUUCAGUGCUCAAUCUUUCCUUUUAAUCAGUAUAUUCAUGUGGAUAACAGGCUGGUCCCAGGCUGGAAGGUAAGAGACCUGGGUUCUGAUUCCAUCCCACCACUGAUCUGCUGGGUACACUUUUGCUAAUCUCUUCACCACUCUGUGCCUCAGUUUAACCAUCUGUAACCGAGGGAUAGCGAUAUUGUCCUCCUUGGCAUAGUACUUUGAGAUGCACAGAUGACAAGCACUAGAAAGGAGCUGGGAAGGUUCAUUAUCGGUUUAAAAUAAAUUAUUUAAACCAUCAAAUAGUAAAUCUAGAAACUAUGCAAAAAAGUGGGGAGGGGGACAUCACAUUAAGGGCCUAAUCCAAAACCCCUCAGUCAUUAAGGAAAUUUUAAUUGGGCAAUUUGUCAUCAUACUGUCCUCAAGAAGAAAGAAACUUCUUGGGCAAGUUUAAUGGGAAAGAGACAACAAUACUUGCUGUGUUUGAAUGAAUUUUCCAGAAGAUCACAUCAGCAUGCUGUCAUUAUGCACAGCAAAGCUGUACAGAAAGCAGACAUGGUCAGAACUGCACCCAGCAGCUUCAUUUGCAGCAGAGGAGACUUGGCAGGUUUUCUGUGAGCUGGGUCAAUGGCGGGUGAAAAUCAGACCAUGCCAAUACAAUUCCGCUUCUGUCCCUUUUCAAACGUUCAUGAGGUGCAGCUGCUGAUUUUUGUGAUCCUUCUGCUCAUGUACCUGAUCAGCCUCUGUGGAAAUUCUGCUGUCACUCUCGUUGUCUGCACCGAAUGUUCCCUCCACACCCCCAUGUAUUUCUUCCUGGCCAACCUAGCAGCAAUGGAGAUGUGCUACUCCUCUGUCAUUGCCCCCUUAGCCCUGGCCAACCUCCUAUCAGGGAGGAAGGCCACCAUUUCCCUUGCUGGCUGUAGCACCCAGAUGUUUUUCUUCAUCUUCUUGGGUGGGGCUGGCAGCACACUCCUGGCCAUCAUGGCAUUUGAUCGUUAUGUAGCCAUCUGCCACCCGCUGCGUUACACCCUCAUCAUGAGCUGGAAAGUCUGUGCGCGCCUUGUGGCUGCAUCCCUGGUGCUGGGGUUCCUGCUGGCCCUGCAGUUUACUAUUUUGCUGUUCCACCUGCCUUUCUGUGGUACUAACAAUAUCAACCACUUCUACUGUGAUGUACUGCCUGUGCUGCAGCUGGCAUGUGCUGACACAAAGAUCCACCAGGCAGCAGUUUUUGCAGUCUGUAUCAUAAUCCUGGCCAUUCCCUUCCUGCUCAUCUGCAUCUCUUAUAUCUUCAUUGUGGAUGCCAUCCUGAAAAUCCGCUCUUCAGCCGGCCGACACCGGGCCUUCUCCACCUGCUCCUCCCACCUGACCGUUGUCCUCCUGCAGUACGGCUGCUGCAGCUUCAUCUACCUGCGCCCCAGCUCCAGCUACUCCCCACAACAAGGCCGGGUGGUGUCCGUGGUCUACACCUUUGUGACUCCUGUGCUGAAUCCUCUGAUCUAUAGCAUGAGGAACAAGGAGCUGAAGGAUGUCCUGAGCAGAGUGCUAGGGAGGAGAUAUGUCAAAUAAGUGAUAGCUUUGGAACAUCUUUCCAUAAAUAACACCCUUUGCAGAAGAUGUGUAAGUGCCUGAGGGUAUAGGUGGAUCCAGAAUUUGGGAAAAGGAGGUGCUGGAGCUGCAGAGGUGACUGCACCCCUUGCUCCCAGCCUUCCCUUCAACAAUGGCUUAGGCAGACCAUAUAGCAGGAGCAGCAGAUACAGAUUUUAAGUGUCCAAAGCAGGUAAGUAUCCCUCCCCCACUCUUGGUACCCCUUUUACUCUCCAUGUUCAACAGCACAUUUCCUCCCCUCCCCUUCUCUAAUUCUACCUCUUGGCACAGAAAAGAGAGACCCACUCCCCACUGCUGCUGUCCUGGCCAUUUCUGCCUCACUCCAGCCAGGGCUGUGGGAAGCAGCUGCGUGGGGAACCAGGUUUGGCCAGGGACAGUGGCAGCUGUGGGCAGGUUCUCCAUCCCUGCAUCUUCUUCCUGGCUGCUGGGGAGCAUGUGAAGGGGCUGGGCAGGAAGGGGGAACUCCUUCAUUGCCACCAGUGCUGCUGUCCCUGGCUGCUUCCACACAAAGCUGGUCCCUGCAGUCCUGGUUGGAGCAGGUCAGGAGUGGCUCUGAGGCUCCCCCUGCCCCUGGUUCAGCCAGGGACAGUGACAGCAGCACUCCCCUUCCUGCACCCAGAGGUGUAUGUAAAGAGGGCAGCAGGGAGGCGUGAUAAAAGGAGGAGAGGAAAAAUGCUGUUGAGCCCAGAGGGGGAGUAAGGGAGUGCUGAGGGGAGGGAUUCUUACCUGCUUUAGGAGCUUAAAAUAACUCCCCAGCUGCUGUUCUUGUAUCAUGGUCUGGACUCUGCAGGGAACCCAGUCAUUUGGGGCUGUGAAGAACCAGGGCUGCCAAGCUAAGCUGUGGAAAUGUGGGGUGUGACCAUGCCAUCGCAUCCCCUCUAGAUCUGCUGUUGGCCAUGCAUGCCAAAAAUGGAAUAAUGGAUGCUUUUGCUUUCAUGUUAAUCACCUCUAUUUGGCCCCAGCUACUAAGGAUUAGGACCAAGUUUAAAUGGACAAGAUGUCAGGUUACAUUAUUUGGGACAGAAGACCAUUUUUACAGUAGUUUUGCCUAGUUCUGUUGAUGAAUAUACAAAGGUAAUUAGAAGGGGAGCUCCAGGAUGCAUUGCUGAAAAGGAUAGAAGUUCUGUGCUAGAAGACCUUGGGUUUUGUUGGGUCCAACAAUAACUGUAGGUUGGGGCAUUUGAAGUAUUAAGGGAUUGUAAAUACCAGAAAGUUGGUGAGAAUAAGUAGGUGUAAUGGGAUGACUGAAUACAAGUACCAUGUCAACCAGAGAGAUCUAGUGGGCUGUCAAGUGGUCUCUCUACUGAGGGUGGUAGAUGCAUUGGGAGGACAUAGAGUAAAUAUCCAGAGAUUUGCAACUUUUCCUGUUCAGUCAAGGUUGUCUCUCAUUUUAGAUCUUUGUUCUGGGAACCAGCCAAGUACCUUUGGUUGCUUAAGCAGCACGUAAACAGAGAACCCAGAACCACCGGUAUAGACGUGUUGAUUAUUCAACAUCAGCUGUGGUGGACAUGGCAUUGUGUGCGCAUCCUAGACCGUGAGGAAUUGCUGCUGCUGGCGGCAGGGCUGGCAAUAGUAAAUUCUGAGGAGCUAUUGACUUUGUGGUGCUUUUAAUAAUCUAGUAAUACUGUAUGUUGGCCUGGAUAUCAGAAGAGGUUUGCAUUAUGAUUAUAUUAGUAUAACUCAGUAGAGAGAGUUGUGUAGAAAAUCAGAAAAGGAGGGAAAAAAUGGAUCAAGAUAGCUACCUCUCAGCAACCCCCUUAGCUGUUAAGAAACAGUGCCAGAUCUCUUAGCCUUGUUGAUUUACCCAGAGGUAUAUUUGGCUUGGGCAAUCUCCCCUCCUUCCCUUCCCUUUCACCUUUUUUGCAGAACCUCUGGAUCUGGAGGCUCCUGAGGAGGAAUAGCAGUGGUGCAGAAGCAGCAGCUGGAGAUUCACGGCUGCUGGGAGAGAUGGUUCCUCAUUAUUUUUGCUGCAGGCACGUGUGCCCAGCAGCCAGAAAAACAAAGUUUAUCAGCUGCAAAAAAUGCGGUGACAUCUUCCUCUCCACAGCUACAUCUAUACAUUUUCAAGAAUGCCAUUCACUGACAUACGCUCCUGCCCUGCUCCCACUGCUGUGCCUUCCUCUGCUGGAGCUGGAACUGAAAGGGAGGAGGGGAUGGGAAGGUAUGGCAUCCCUCUCUCAGCUCCAUUAGGGCACAGCAUUCCUCAGCCAAUGCCUGGGGCUCGUGUCCCACUUGCCCACCUAUCCUUACACUACUGGAUUUUGCCUGUGUCUUGAGCCAAUGCAAAACUGGUUUGAAACAGGAAGGAUCAAACCUCAGGAAUACAAAAAGAAUGAGGGUUUAAAAAACGGUGUUCUCUUAAGGAAGCAGAAGAGAGCUUCCUAGGAAGAGAGAAAUGCAAUUAAAGCUCUGAUCAUGA